AAUUCCACUGCGGCCCCGGCGACCCGAAGCUUUGGGGAGUGCGCCAUGGAGCACGUGACGGAGGGCUCGUGGGACUCGCUGCCCGUGCCGCUGCACCCGCAGGUGCUCGAAGCGCUGCGGGAGCUGGGCUUCCCGUACAUGACGCCGGUGCAGUCUGCCACUAUCCCUCUGUUCAUGAAAAACAAAGAUGUCGCUGCAGAAGCGGUCACAGGCAGUGGCAAAACACUCGCUUUUGUCAUCCCCAUCCUGGAAAUUCUUCUGAGAAGGGAGGAGAAGUUAAAAAAGAGUCAGGUGGGAGCCAUCAUCAUCACCCCCACUCGGGAGCUGGCCAUUCAGAUAGAUGAGGUCUUGUCACACUUCACUAAGCACUUCCCACAGUUCAGCCAGAUUCUUUGGAUCGGAGGCAGGAACCCUGGAGAAGAUGUCGAGAGGUUUAAGCGACAUGGGUGAGCUUUUGCCUCUGCUCCUUCUUGCCUUUGCUCUUGACCCUAACCCAGAGAGGAUCCUUAGACCUCAUUGCAAGGCACUCAUCACCUGCCCCCAGGGGGCACUUGCUCUAGGCUGGUAUCCAGCUUGCCUGGCUCCUUCCAAAGCAUCCUGGUGGACCCUGCAGAAGCUCAGGCUCCUCUUGGGAUUUGGACGACCUGCCCAGAGCCUUGCCUGGUAGGGCUCACGCUCCUUGUCUCCAGGCUUUGAAUUUCUUAAGAGGAUAGACUUCCAGAUGUGUGUUUUCUCCUGGUUUUCAUAUAGUCCACGUCUUCAAAAACCAUCUUUCAGGUCUUGGCAAGCCACUCUCUGGCCCUCAGCCUGCUAGUCUAAUUUUGCCUCUGUCUCCCUGUUUUGUGGCGUUGGGAAUGGAACCUAGGACCUCAUGUGUGCUAGGUGAGUGCUCUACCAUGAGCUACAGCCCAGCCCCCAGUCCAGUUCGCCCCUUACAGAUGAGUUCCCUGGGGCCUGAUGUGGUGGAGUAACUUGCUCUGGGUCAGAGGUUAUGGCUGACAUAUGAGUGAAAAGCGUGGCUGUGCCAAUGAAGUACUUACCAAAGCAGGUAGUGGGUUUGGCCUGUGGGCUCAGUUUGCCAACCCUGCAGGGAGUCAUACCCCAGAACUAGAUCUAGCCCUCUCCCUCACAGCACACUGUGGGGAGUGGAGUAU